AAAGAUAUUUUUUAAAAAUAAAAAUAAAAAUAAAAACCAAACAUUUUUUGUUUAAUUUUAUUCGAAUUUAAGUAAAAAUAAAAAUAAAAAUUACUCAGAUCUCCCCGCUCUGGCACUCUCUCUAGAGCCGGCGGCGACAGAUUCAGGUUUUGGCGAAUUUGACAGUGAGUACCAGAUAGAAAUGAGUGAUAUAAUCUCCGGAGUUAUUGAUCCUCCGGGAACUGAAGCGUCUGCUGCGAAAUCGGGUACUGAUGCUUCUCGUAUUGCAGAAGUGAAGGCGUGGCUUGCUUCUCAAUUUGAUGCUGUUGGAAAAGAAGUCCCUGAGUUUGAGUAUACUCCUCGCAGUGUCUCUCAUUUGUAUAAUUUAGCAUCUGUUUCACAAGCCAAGACCCAGGCUGCCAGCAUUGUCGCUAAUGAUUUCCGCCAAAAAGCCUCCGAGUACCGCUCGCAAGCUGCGAGGAUUAGGGAAAUAUUGGAGAAUGGGGGAUUAGCCCAGGAGAGUUUGCCAUCAAAUGUGGUUGCAUCAGCACAAGUUCUUGCAAAUGUGGCGAAUUUGUUGAAUAUAAGAGACACAGAACUGAGUAGUUUUCUUGUAGCAAUGGGGGAUAUUUCUUUAAGAAAGAUUGGAGUGGAGGAGAAGAGGGCUAAAGUGCAGAAGGAAUCCAAAAUUCUUCUUGACUACACUCGGAAAGCCAUAGCAAGGCUAACUUAUUUAAAACGAACACUUGCGCAACUAGAGGACGAGAUUGCCCCUUGUGAGGCUCAAAUGGCGAAUUGGAAGACAAACUUGCAAGUCAUGGGAUCGAAGGAGCGCCAAUACCUGCAGCAGUAUUCAAACUACAAGGCACUUCUCAAUCGUGUAGGUUACACACCAGAGAUUAGCCACGGUCUGUUGGUUGAAAUGGCUGAGCACAGAAAAGAGCUAGAAAAGAAAACUAAGCCCAUCUUAGAGACGCUGAGGAGUUACCAAGACUUACCUCCGGAUAAAGCUUUAGCCGCUUUAGCAAUUGAGGACAAGAAAAGGCAGUAUGCUGCUGCUGAGAAGUAUCUUGAGGAUGUAUUGCAUUCAGCACUCUCCACAUCAGAUUAGCAGUCUGGGGAAUAUAAGUUACUCCGUCUUUCUGCUCUUUUUAUGUGUCCGUACCACAAGCAUUUCAAUCUUGCUUUAUUAAGCUGAUGAUCAUUUCUAUUGUUCAAUUUGUAUGCUUUUGUGUGUGUGUGUGUGUGUGUGUGUGGUAACAUAUAAAGUUUGAUUGUACUUGAAAGUGAAGCUGACCACGGAGUAUAAACUGUGACAUUCUUGGAGGACA